AUGCCCGGUACGAUACCGUCCAUCACGGAUCCCUUUCUCGUCGACCACUCGCAACCCACCUCGUCCUCGAGCAUCACCGACGCCCGCCGUGCCUCGCAGCAGCAGCAGCAGCAGCAGCAGCAGCAGCAGCAGCGAUCCUCCUCGUCUUCCUCCAACCCUCUCGGCCUCCUCGACGACAACGACGACGACGACUAUACCGCACUGGACCCAGCCUCGGUAUCGCAGGAUCCACAGGCGCCCUCGAUCGUCACGCCCGUGCCCCUCGAACACCCCACCAGCGGCGUAGCGUCAAAGGGAGCCAGCCAGCUCGUCGCCACUACCUCGCUCUCGUCCGCACUCGCCCCCUCCAACCUCCAGGCCAACAUGAACAAGCAGCUCGGCAACUCGCAGAUCCGCCAGAGGAAAAAGGCCGACGACCAGCAGGCCAGGCACGACAAUGAGCUCGUCAAGUUUGUCGAGACCGACGGCCACUUUUCCCUCGUCCGCAACUUCCACCUGGCCGACGCCUUCACCCUGAUGAAUGGCUUCUGCGGCGCCCAGUCGCUCUUCGCCUCGGGCCGCUACCUGCUCACCUCGGACCCCAAGCACGCCUGGCUCGCGCUGUGGUUCCCCGUAUUUGGCGCCAUCUUUGACCUGCUCGACGGCAAGGUGGCCCGGUGGAGGAAGAGCAGCAGCAUGCUCGGCCAGGAGCUCGACAGCCUCGCCGACUCGCUCUCGUUUGGCGCCGCGCCCGCCUUUGCCGCCUACACGCUGGGCCUGCGGACGCCGUUCGACUCGCUGCUGCUGACCCUCUUCGCGCGCUACUUUGAGGGCCUGCCCAUCCCCUCUUCGCUCGUCCUCGUCGGCGGCAUGGCCCUCUGCCUCCUCACCGGCCGCGUCGAGGCCGGCGGCCUGCCCAUCCCCCUCGCCCGCGAGCGCGGAUACAUCUCCGACAAGGGCCUCACCUUCACCGGCAGCCUCAAGGACUACCUCCCCGAGGCCCUCGCCCGCGGCCGCGGCGUCCCGCUCGGCAUCUGGACGGUCGACGUGUCGUCCCACCUCGAGGCCGCCUUGGGCCUCCUCCCGCUCUCGACGGCCACGGCCCGCGAGUGGGCCCAGAUGGGCGUCGUCGAGGGCCACUGGAUCACGCUCCUCUGGGCCGCCUGGGCCAUGGCCAUGGUCAGCAAAACCCUGCGCGUCCCCAAGCCCUAG